AUGUUUCGGACACCCUGGAGCAGGCUUUGCGCAGAUUGCGAAGGAAGAUAUAUCAGCCCUACUGAAGGAAGAUGGGGUUUGGACAAUGGUGAUUCUAUCGAAGAUCUCUGGCAACCAUACUCUCUUGAUUUGACUGAAGAAGAAAAACAAGAGAUGAAAAGCACGACGACGAGUGACAUGUGGAAUAAGAUCAUACUCAACAGCAAGCAGCGUGGGCACAUUGUUUCAGGUGCGCCAGUUUUGUAUGAUUGCGUAUAUCAUCCAUUCUUCGAAAAUGCUCGACAAGAAGAUUGGGAGGCUGUUGACAACCUACUUGCGAGACCGUGGUGGUCACGCACCUGGGUAGUGCAGGAGAUUUGGCAGGCAAGGGAAGCUAUACUCCAAUGUGGUAGUUCAACGCUGAAAUGGAAAACAAUUGAAAAGGCCAUGAACUACCAAGAAGCGUGGGAUGAUAUGGGUUGUCUGGUAAAAGGUACCAAAAGAUGGAAAAUUUGGGCAUCGUUGAAGCGGCGGUAUGGGUUAGCGAUCCAUAUCUCUCAAAAGAGACUUCUGGGUAGCAAACUCUCAGAUCUCCUAUGGAACAUUUGGGACAGAGACGCUACUGAUCCGAAAGACAAGGUCUUCGCCGUCUUAGGUCUGGUUGGAAAGGAAUAUAACGAUACUUUGCCUGAUAUCGACUAUUGCAAAACUAUUGAGCAAGUAUAUCGGGAGGCUGCUUCUUUCAUUAUCAUGAAAGAGAAAUCAUUGGACCUUCUGCUUGCUGCAUCCGGCCCAGACCAUAAAGGAAGCCUGCCAUCGUGGGUUCCAGACUGGAGACGAGAAGCAAAUGAACAACGACCAACACUCUUCGUUAACGCUUCUUUUAUGCGCAUACAGUGCUAUUUCAUGGGCUCCACAGAUGCUUUGUAUUUGCAUGGCCAUGGGUACUCUGCGUCUGGCCAUUUGGAGCCUCAAAUAAGCUUCUGCGAUGAUUUCAGCAUUUUAAACGUUCAUGCCUUGCAGCUGGAUACUGUAAGUGAAGUUUCGGCAGACCUUGGAAUUGUUCCCAGUGCCGAAAGCAUUACCCAAUGUGCGCAGUUCAUCCUGUAUUGA